AUGAAGAAUCUCAUCAUUUUGGUUGCUGUGGUUCUCUUUUCAAGCUGUGUCACAUCUCAGUUUCUUGACCCAACAGAUGUCGAAGAGCUCCAAUGGUCGGGUUACUCUCAGGCACCCUCCGCUAUCCACAAACACAGCCCAAAUAAAGAAUUGAAGGAGUGCUUUUCCAGUUACAAGAUGGUAACAAAAUGUUUGAUGAAGACGUUAACCGAAAAACCAACCGUUGGUUCUGAAUGUUGCGCCACGAUCAAGACAUUGAAUGAAAAUUGUAAGCAUACGGUUUUCAGAUCGUUCCGUAACUCUUUUGUUAACAACUAUGUUAAGAAACAUUGCUCUAGCCACGAUGCUACUGCUCCUUCUCCGGCUUAG